AUGCGUUAUAUCAAUGGAUUAUUGAUGUUAAGACUGAUAACAGUAUGUACAAUUAUAUUCAUAGUGAAUGAUCUGGAUGUAAUAUAUGAUUUGAUCUGGUUAUCGAUUGAUUCAAUAAAUGCGAAAUUUUCCUAUGAAAGCAUUAUAUCGAAGAACAAUGUAUCGCUACUGGCCUGGAAAGAUGUGGAUAUAUUCUCACCACCAAAACUCAAUGAUACGAUAGCCGAAGUGUUACGACUUAACGAAUUAUUAGCUCAUAAACAAUACAAAUGUGAGGAAGGUAUCACUGUUGGUGACAGUAAAGGAGCUUUUACGAUUUGUACAGAUGGAAGAUUGAACAAGACAAUACGCAAUGCUUUGUUCAUUAGUGGUUCUCCAGAUGAUUUUGCUUUUUAUUUGACUGCAGUGAUUCCAGAACGAUGGACAUUUUUUGUUCCUGAAGGAUUCAAAGCACUUGACAAUUUAGGAAACGUCGAUGCGGAAAUGCAUUAUCUUUUCGAUCUAAACGAUAAUGGUAUUUGGGAUUUCGAUGAUAUAUUUGGUGAAUUAUUACAUAGGCAAUUUGAUAUCGCAUUUGUCAACUUUUAUACACCCAUUCAGAAUGGAGAAUUGAGAAUGACACGACUGCAAAAACUUCGUGAUGCACCCAAGCUAAUGGAACAAGUUUUGAAGGUUUUGCAAUCAGACCAGCUACACCUGACCAUCGAAAUUGGAAAAAAUAUGGAAAAUUUGUUAUAUGAUUGGUAUUUAUUAUUAUAUCAGAUGUACUUCAAAUAUCAUUAUGCCCUUAUUGGAGCCGAAACAAAUUCUGCCUGUGAUCGAGCGACUCAUAAUUGCUAUUAUCGACUCAGUUUCAUAAAAAAGGAGCAUCAUCAAGUGGAUUUGCCUAUUUUUGGCUUUGGUUCGCCAAUGGAAGAAAAGAAGCGACUUAUGAAGUAUCUGACAACAUUUAGAAAGGAAAAUAUGGAAUGUAAUAAAGUGUCGGAGAUUAAAAAUGGCAUACCUUUGCUAUGUAAACUAAAUGUAACGGAAAAAUGUACUAUAGUGUAUGUGAGUUAUCGUGGAUUUGAAGUAAUGGAGAAUUUCGAGCAUUUUCUUCCUUGUAAAGUGCAUUUUUUCUCACCAGUAGAGUCAAAUAAAAGAUUGAUUUCAACUCAAAAUGUAUAUCCUUAUGGCAUUUCACCAUAUUUUUCAAAAAAUUGUACAGUUCCUGAUGGCAGUGAUAAUAAUGCAUGGCUUUUGAUAACUUUAUCAGAUAUAUUUGACAUUGUUAAUGAACAUCGAAUAGAUAAAUUUAUUAUGGAUCUUAAUGGUGGAGAAUGGGAUAUUCUUCCUGCUUUACUAGAGACAGUUCGAUUCAAAAAUAUUGUCCUCGACGUAGAUCUCAGAGUUCGAUUUUGGAUUGGUGAAGACAACGAAAACUAUCGUCGUAUUCUGAUGUAUUUCUUGCAGCUUGAAAAUUUUGGAUUCAGGAAGUUAUAUUCGAAAAUAGUUGAUGGUACAACAGCAAUCAUCAGCUUUAGAAAUAUAUUGUUAGCAUAG